AUGGCCAAACCGUUUUACGGACGUGUAGUUCAAACAGAUGGAACUUUAUUUGUCGAUGAGAUUGUAUUAGCAAAGGAAAAACAAGGAACAUUGUAAGUUUUUAUUUAUUUUUGUUGGAAUUUUAGAUAACUGUUCGAAGAACUGUGUUGUAGCUUGUUAAAAGAGACAUUGAUUUUUAGGUUAAGAACAUCUAUACAGUUAAAAAGUAUAUUUCAACGUUGAACUUACCAAAUAAAGUUAAAAUCUUUCUCCAUGAGCAAGAGUUGCUGUGAAACUUUGGCCAAUAUUUAAACAUGAGUUUUGAAAAUACAAAAAAUAAUUAAAAGGAACGAUAAAUAACUUAUUUUUAUAUGUUAGGGUCAAAUUUACGAAUGCUUAACUAACGAUGAUACUAUUAGGUACAUUAUUGUAAAAGUUAAGUGGUUUCUACUAUUUGUCAUAAAAUUAUUAUGAAUAUUAGUAUUAUUAGCUAGUUACAGUAUAUAAAAUAUUUAUUUCUCCAAAAAUAUAAAAUACGACCGAUCCGCGGUCUAGUUGGUUAGAGACUUCUUAGUUUUUGGCCAAAUCGGCCUAACUAUAAACAGUUUUUGCAAGAUAAAAAAGACCUUCUUUGUUCUGGACCGGUUCUAUUUUUUUGUAAACAUGUUUUUGUAUUUCUUAACUCGCAACUUCGCGACACUCGGGCCAUAGGAAGGUUUGAGUUAUGCGUUAGCCAUGUUUCGUCAAUCAAAUAAAAUUUUACUCUUUUUGGUCUUUCAGUUUUUUCAGUACUGUCUUUGGCUUUAUUCAUCUUCACUUUUGCCAACUCUUUUUUAAUACUCUUAUAUUUGACAGGAUUUUCUACUUUAAUUGUUGUAGAAGCUUUUGGAGUUGACUGAAGUUUUUGAAGACAAUUCCCCUUUUUAUCAUCUUUUCUUUCAAAAUUCAAGCAUCUUUUUGUGACAUUCUUUUUUGAAUUUUGUAAGUUAGAGUAGCAUUUGUUCUUUUUGCAGAGAAUUGAAUUAUGUCCUUUCUUGUGGCAUAUUAUGCACACAAUCCAACAUUUGUGAGCAACUUCUUUUAGACACCAAUGCACUUAUGUAGUGCUUUUAAUUUUAGCCAUCUUUCUUCUUGGCUUUUGUAUCCAUCACAAUUAUAUUCUUUGUGACUUCGUGAGCAUAGGAUGCAUCCAACUACCUCUUUCUUUCGAGUAUUUGAUGUUGGAGCGAGCGUUGACUGGCGGACUCCUUGAGUUUGUCUUUGCUUUGUCCGUACUCUAUUUUGAACAAAUGGUUCAUUUAUUUUGAUUGGAUUGUCGAAUUGUUGUUUGAAGUCAUUGACUUGAAUCGAGAGUGCAUCUACCUUGAGAUGCAACUCCUCAAAAUGUUGUUGCUCUUCUCCUUUAUCUUCUUUUGGUAAUGUUUUGAUAAGAUUUUCCCAACUUUCUUGACAGCUCUUUAUUUUUUCCAUUAUGAGAUUGAAGUUUGACAUUUUCAUGUCAUCUCUGCCAGGUUGUUCAUCGGAUGACGUGGCCUUCUGAAGUAUCUUGUUGGCGCUUCUUAAAUGGCAUUUUGGCUCAAUGGCGUAUAAACGACUCAUUUUACUUGACAUCAUCUUGUCAACCCUCGGGACUGAGCACUUUUUUUAGAUCUUAUUUUAAUUAUUGUUGUAUAAUUCUUUGUCUUUUCCGAUCAGAACAGAAUCAGAAUACUUUAAAGUACAAUGACGUACAAUUUCAAAAGACAAAAGGAUUUUUUUUGUAAAGUAACAACAAUAUGAUUUACUAAAGCAAAUUAUGUAUACAAAGAUACAGAAAAGCUUAAAUUAUGAUUUUGGUAUCUUAAAUCAAAACAAAGAAGAUUUAGAAAGGACGGUUUGUAACCAACUGUUGUAAGACAGAUAGUAAAACUAAUCUUAACAAUUUUCACCUGCGGAUCGGUAAACUAGCCUGAUUGUAUCGGUGAGAUAUCCAGGUCCCUUUGAUAUUCUUGAUUGGAUAAAUUGAGCCCGACAAAAUUGAUAUUGCCAAGUGUCCAGAAGUUUUGCACUGGUUGACAACAACAAUACGGAAUAGCAAAAAUUUUAGAAAUUUUCUUAGCUAUAAUACCGUAACUUUAAGAAAUCGGGAAUAAUAGUCUAACAAUUAGACUAAUCUUUGUCCUUCACCUAGAGGACUAAUAUCAACAAUACUUAACACAGUAAAAUACACUAGUCACUAGAUUAUUGAAAUAUUCUGUCACCUCCGUUAUUUAUAGGAGUCUUUUUUGUGACAGUAAAAUAUACGUAACUUAGCUUAAUAUAGGUUUCGAUACAGUAAUUUACUGUUACCAUACGGUAGUAACUGUCAUUUAUUUAUAGAUCAGAUAAGUACUACAGUAGGAUAUGAUUUUCCUGUACUUAAGGAUAAAUCAUAAUUUAGUUCACCGGCUGAGCCCCCAUGUCAUAAAAUUAUUAUGAAUAUUAGUAUUAUUAGCUAGUUACAGUAUAUAAAAUAUUUAUUUAUCCAAAAAUAUAAAAUACGACCGAUCCGCGGUCUAGUUGGUUAGAGACUUCUUAGUUUUUGGCCAAAUCGGCCUAACUAUAAACAGUUUUUGCAAGAUAAAAAAGACCUUCUUUGUUCUGGACCGGUUCUAUUUUUUUGUAAACAUGUUUUUGUAUUUCUUAACUCGCAACUUCGCGACAUAUUAUUUCAUUAGCUAUUUUUAUAUAUAACAGUUAACUGUACAACUUAUAAUUUGAGUUUUAACCUAAUACUAACAAAUUUGAACAAGAUAACUAAAAUAAACGUUUUAGAUGGGUAUGUGAACGGCUGGAUGGAAGCCAACAUCUUGUGAAUGAGACGAAUUUGGCCACAAUUGUGAUUCCACGUCAUUUUGCGGAAGUUCGAGUAGCUUUUGCAGCGUUCGAUUGUCCCGAAAGCAAGGGAGAUCUCCAAUUUCCUGCAUUUGCACUUAUUGGUGUUGUAGAGAGGCUGGAUGAUAACUGGGCCAAAGGCCAGAUCUUUUUGGACAAUGGAAAGUCAAUCGGAAUGGAGGGAAUGUUUCCGUUGAAUUACACGCAUGUUCUCAAGGUAGGUGUGGCAUAAUAUAUAUAUAUUUUUUUGAUUUAGUUAGAGGAUUGAAAGAUUUUUUGUGUGGCACAUUCUGGCCAGACAGAUAUCGUCUGUAAGAGGCAGAUCAUGGCCAAGGACAGGGCCGGGCGCGAGGGGGGGGACGGGGGGGGUACCUCACCCCCCCAGAAAAAAAUUUUUGAAAAAAAGUUGAACGUGGUCUCCCCUGUGGAUUUUCGGUAAAAAAAAAUUUGCAAAAAAAAUCGGCACUGGUAGCCUGUGCCGAUUUUUUUGGACCCCUGCCCCCCAGACCAAAAGUCCCCGCCCGGCCCUGGCCAAGGAGUCAAUGUUUCGACUCCAAUAACUAAAAACAUAUUCACUAUUGUUUGUUUGUUUAGGGGCUCGAACAGACGGAAGUGGAAGCCCAAUUUCAAGUGGUUUCGGACGUGAUGGACGACGGAUUCCAACUGCGGAAGGGCGAGACGGUUAAGGUGGUGGGCUCGUCGCAGGAGGAUUGGGUCGAGGUUAAGACAAGCGACCAGCGUCAAGGAAAGUGUCCACGACAGUUUUUGCAACAAAAAGCCGACGUUGCGAAGGCGGAACGGCAGGAUUUCAACGGCGAACCGCACUGUCGAGCUUUGUUUGACUUUGAGUAAGGGUUUGAGGUCAUUCUUGAAGGAAAAAUUGGUUUAAAUUGGGGAACAUUCAAAAAAAUUUUAUUAUUUAUAAAUUUUGUGUAAAAAAAGGUUUUGUUUUAGUAAUACAAUAUGCUGUUUGCUAAAAUCAUCUAUAAUUUCAUUAAGAAGUCGUUUCUCUUAUUUUUUAAAAACUAAUAUUGUUGUUUUAGUGCUGAUUAUGAAGGUGAAUUAAGCUUGAAAGAAGGGAUAAUGGUAAAAUUAAUUAAAAAGUGGAAUGCGGAUUGGUUUGAAGGAGAAUAUGAGGAAAACGACAUUACAAAAAGAGGUGUUUUCCCCUCUAAUCAUGUUGAGAUCAUGGUGGAUGGGGAUUCUUCUAGUCCUGUGAAUGCUUCUGAAGCUGAGAUUGAGUCGAAACGAUUUGGAGCUUUUGACUACUCUGAACCUGAUACUAUUGGGUAUGUUUUGAUCGUAACUUUUUUUUUACUUAUCUAUUUUUUAACUGUCGAUGUAUCUUAUUAUAUUAGUCGUUUAUAUGACUUUCUAUAGGGUUUCUUUUAUCAUUUAAAAAUUUCAGUUUUGCUACGGUCCUAUACGAUUUCCAAGCUCGUUUCCAAGAUGAAUUGAACGUGAAUUCAGGCUUCAGCGUACGAAUAAUCGAGCUGCCCGACUCGGAAUGGGCCAAAUGUUUUAAUCCAAUGACAUUUGAGACUGGCCUAAUACCUCAAACCUUUCUUCAAAUAUUCUUGGACGAUGAAACAGAACUCAAUAAUGCAGCACUAAACCCGGUACCAUCGUAUUCAUCAGAUUUAAACACAAUACCAUUGUACUCUUAUGAUGAAAACAGAUUCUCAACUUCAUACGAUCAGAAUCGAACUUCUACAACAUCGUUUGAGUUUAAUAGGGAAACUGCGGAUUCAUGGGAAACACCGUUUUCAAACUCUAUCAACUACGACCGAAGCGGCGAUGAUCCCAAAAAGGAUUCAGGCAAUGUAUCUCUGAAUUCAGAACAAGAAACUAUGAAAGAAAAUAAUUUGCAUAAAGCGUCAGUGGAUUCAGAUUUUAAUCAACUUUUUGGGCUGAAAUCUUCAAAACAAUUACCUCCACAACGACCACCUCCACCUCAAGUUAGUUUAAGAGCGGCGGUGAGAAUGGCUCCACCACCUCCAUCUACACCAUCUUCAGAGCAAGUGUUUGGUCAGUUUUCAAAGCCAUCAACGCCAGCCGAUUGGCAAGCACAGUUUCAGAAGAUCGUGGAAGAGCUACUGGCUUCUGAAACCAAUUACAAUCUGGAGUUACAUGCUUGGGAAGAAGUGAGUUUGGUUUUUAUUACGUUUUCUUGGUUUUGAUAUGGCUUGUUGUUACUAUUUUUGGGUUUUUCUCUUUUUUUUGGUUAGAUUUUUAGAACAUGACUUAUUGUUAUUGUUCAAAAAUUACACCAAUAUAAUUUUAACAAUGUAUUGCUUUACUUUUUAGUGUAUAAAGUCUUCAUCGCGACUGUCAGAGCAAAAGAAGUGCGUUUUGGUGAAUGGGUUCCCAAUGUUGAAGGACCUGUCACAACGAUUAAUUAGAUUAAUAUCGAAUGAAAUGGAUAAACCAUUGGAAUUACAGAGCUACGGGUUGUUAUUUAUGGAUCUAAGGGAGAAGAUAUCCAAAACAUACGCAUAUCACUUCAGAUGUGUCGAAGAAAUGGCACAAAUCGUCGAAAAUGUAGGUUUUUAAAAACAAUUUUUGGUAUUUUAUACAGUUUGUUGUUGUGAUUUUUGGUUUUAAAAGCUUUUUUGAUGUUUUGUUUAUAAGUUUAGGUAAUAACACUGUAGACUUUUUGGCUCUGGAUUAAGUACUGAUUAAAUUUUGACAAAAAUAGACUAAAAAAGAGGUUUAUCACACUUAUUUGCUAUCUUUUCUUUUUUUAGGUAACAAAGUGGCAACUUUUUAUGCUUAUAUGAAAAUAUAAACUAUUGAAAACAAAUUUGCGUAUUUUACAAUGUAAUAAUAUUCCAAAUUUUACAGAAAAACGACGUAGAACUCCAACGAGCACUAAAAGAAUGUCUGGAGGAGAUGAACAAGAUGGGGGUUUUUGUAUUCGAUGUACCGACGGCUGUAGCACGACCAAUUCAACGUGUUCUGAAGUACCCUCUAUUCAUAAAUGAACUGAUUAAAAUCUUACCAUUGACACACAGUGAUCAUCCUAAGCUGCUGGAAGCCAACAAACAAAUGGCACAAUUGGUCAGUAAAAUGAACGAAAGUAAACGGAAGAAGGAACUCAGUAAGUUUUUGAUGUAUUGUUGAUGUUUAGGUGUUGCCUGGUUGUUUAGGUACUGACUGGUUAUUUAGGUACGGACUUGCUGUUUAGGUAUUGACAGGUUGAUUGAUGAUUUGUUAAAAGUGUUUGAUAAUAUCUUUUUAGUGAACAAGUAUACGGAUUCGAAGAAGGAUUCAAUUACCGACAAGUUAUCUAAAAUCAACUUACAUACCGUGGUGAAGAAGAGUAAUCGGUUGAAGUACAGAAUUGCAUCGACGAUGGGAUUGACUAAUGUAAGUAGUUUUGACUGACAAAAAAGAUAAACAUGAUCAUCUUUUUUCAUAAAGAUAUUUUUGAUUUUACAUUUAUGCCAUACUGUAAAACGUGAAAUAAAAGCGAUUAUUUCAGAAACCAGACCCCGAAUUCAGUGUGAUGGUGUCAGAAUUGGACUCAGCAGAACGUAGACUCUGCAAGUUUUUAUAUCAUGUUCAAGUUUACAGAGCAAGACUUACUUUUAUGGUAAAAAAAUAUAUCGGAAGGAAUACGGUGGAAAAGAGUAAGUGGGACGAUUCAUUUGAUAUUGGUGUUUAGAUAAGACAUUCAGCUACAUGGAGGAGAAUCUGAGAAAGGAAUUCAAUCAGUUUCUAAGAAGGAUUGGCAUUUUGUUGAAGGAGCAUAUGAGGGCUAUUCAAAAUGCGUAAGUUUCUGGAGAUUUAGGUAUAAAAAUUAAGGUUUCUUGGAUUUUUAGGUAACAAAAAUGGCUAUUUAAUGCUUUUUUGUAAUGUUUUUGAUAAGAAAAAUCAUUAUCAUGAAUUUCCUUAUAAACUUUGGCCAAUCUGAUAAAUACUUGGCGUCUUACUUUAUCUUUAGUUGAUAUAACUCUUAUUUUAGCAUCGUAACCCCAUCACAACAGCUCCAAAAAUGCGAAUACGCCAAACUGAUAGAAAAGCGUUGUGACAAACUGGCCGACUACGAGUUGGCCAAAGCCGCUGCUCGUCCGUUCGAUGAAAUCGAAAAGAAAAGAUGCGAAUUCGAAGCUCUCAACAACCAUACCAAGAACAAUCUACCCAAAAUAUGGAUGUCCAUCAACGAAAAAGUUCGCAAAAUGACAGAAAUCCUGGUCGAUUUGGACUCGGCGUACUUUGUACGGGUGGAAGAAGUUGUCAAGAGUAUUCCACAGAAGUUGGCCAUGUUCAAUUUGAUCACUUUCACGAACUUUGUGGAUCCAGGAGGUCAAAGACUCAUGAAUCUUCAAAAGUUUUUGCUUUUGCCAUCAGAGAAAGUUAAUAAGAAGAACAGGAAGAGCUUCAGUAAGUUGAUAGGGUCUUUUUAGAAUAUAGUAGAUUUAAGAAAAUGAAAAACAUCCCCGCACCAAUCCCCAUAUCUAGGUUAUACUGCUGGCAAUAUGUUUGGGACCGCACCUAUCUUUUGACUGAAAUUGGCCAAUAGUACAGAAAUACGAUUAUUACCUAAAAAAAUUUUGAUAAUUACCUAAAAUUUUGCCCUAAAACAUCACUAACUUGCCUAUUUUCAGGAGAAGUGUUCGCCGAGAAUAAACGAAGCAUCGAUCGAGAAUAUUCAUUGCGACCACAGAAUGACAGAGAAAGAGAUGCCUUGAUCAAAAUCCUGAAGGCUCAAAAUAGAUUGCCGGAUUUAAGAAAAGUGAUCUGCGAUUACUCGUCACCACGAAUGCUACUGAAGAAGGGUGAUAUUGUGGUUAUCAUACGGUUUGAGAAUGGAUUUUGGUGAGUUUUGAACGUUUUUAAUAAAGAAUUUAAAAAACUGAAUUUUUUAAAAAAUUAUUUUAGAUUUUAUCUAAUUUCAGGUUUUUAAAUUUAAAAUUUGGUUUUUUAACGAUAAAUAAAAAAAAAAAGAUUUUGUCAGUUUUUAAUUUUUCUUUGUUUCGAAGGCUGAAAACGAAUUUUCAGCCACUGCGACAACAGUGUAAACACAGACAAGGUCCCGCUCAACAUCCUGGUACCAUUCGAUGACUUUGGAGCCUACGACACUGUACCAGGCAAUUCAAUCUCCGACUACAAACCUACAACCUACAAGUCCGCCCCAGUAGCUCAAAAACCUCAAACAAUCAAAUCCAAUGGUCAUGCCAAGCCAGUAAGACAAAAGUCUCAGAAUCUGAUUGACCUCGAUGCCACAACUCCACCAGCCAAGCCAAAACCAACAAUCGACCAAAUCCUGGAUUUGGACUUUUCCACACCAUUAAAACCUGAAAAUUAUGAAAGUUUGACGUUAAACAGUGCUACGAAGAACAAUGUUAAUGUGCCAUCUCAAAAUGGUCGAGCUUCCGCUGUGAGUUUACCUCCACCAUUACCUGCACGAACAUCAACAACUUCACCGUUGGAGUUGAUCAUGUAUGACAAGGAGCCGACUAGGUCAGCGUCGUUUAACCAAAAGUCAGAGCCAUCUUUUGCUGAGUUGGCGGCCAAGUCAAGACCCUUUCAGAAUCAGGAUUCUCAAUCAAAAAAUGAUGUUUUUGGUACCACUAGUACCGACUUGAAUUCGUUUGGUACCAACAACUCCGACCCAUUUGGUACCAUCAGUACUAACCUGAACAUUAACACUAAUCAAAAUUCAAACUCUUUCGGAUCAACUGGCACCUCACUAGACUCGUUUGGUACCUUAAACAGGGAAAUCGACCCCUUUGCCAGCUUCUCCCCCACGCCAAACUCAUCGUUAUCACCUAAAUAUCAAAUUCCUCAACGAUCGACUCAUAACAGAACACCAUUACCUAAUCCUGUGCCAUUAAUAUCCCCAAGAAAGGACAAUAACACAGGGAACCCACUGUAUGAUGUUGUACCUAAUCUGCCACCAGCUCCACACAGGAUCGCACCAGCUCCGCCGGCCAAAAAGAGGCCGACUGACCUGGGAUUGGUGGGUAUUAAGUGCUUUUUCGGGGGUGGAUAAUAUUUUUUUGGCUAUUUUUAGGUUAUGUUUAAGUUUUUAAAGGGUUUUGAGUAGUAAGCCGGGUUGACAAUAUUAAUAUAGUGAAGAUAAGGUUUAUGCAGUAUAUUGUUGUAGUAGUAAGCAGUAAUAUGAACAUAGACAAUAUAUCAACUCUUUUCAGGACAAUAAGAAGGUAUUUGUAUGUGAAUUCGACUUCUCUCCGGUAUCAGAUGACUCAAAUCAAUUGAAAAUCCGCGAAAACGACAAAGUGGUUCUGUUAAGGGAUUCAGAUGAAGUAGGUAACAAUGAAUGGUACCUUGUUCAGAAGCCCAACGGCCCAAAAGGAUAUGUUCCUGGUGUUUAUCUUCGAGAAGCUACUCAAGAUGAGCUGAAAGGGUAA